AUGCUCUCUCACACCGAUCUCCUGGAUGCUCGGCUCGGUGAGUUAUCAUCGCAAAACUCCGGUCUUCAACUAUACUGGAUGAAGGAUGCUGCAGAGCUGCUUGGGAACCGAGACCCGAUGAAGUGCCGGAUGAGCGGCGGGGUGGUGGACCAGGGAAACAUGGACCCUGGCCCGGACACCGUGGAUGGGGCCACCUUGCUGCCCGGGGAUGAAAUCCCCACAGGUGGAGCCAACCAGCCGGGCAUGCCGGUAAACAGUAAGGACACUGAGAAACAGCAGCAGCAACAGCAGCAUAAUUCUAGUCAGACUGCGAACCAGCAGAAACAGAAGCGGCAUCGAACGCGCUUCACCCCAGCUCAGCUGAACGAACUGGAACGGAGCUUCGCCAAGACCCACUACCCAGACAUCUUUAUGCGUGAAGAGCUGGCGCUGAGGGUCGGCCUCACCGAAUCCCGUGUGCAGGUGUGGUUCCAGAACCGCCGUGCCAAGUGGAAGAAGCGUAAGAAGACUACCAACGUGUUCCGCGCCCCUGGCACUCUGCUACCAACGCACGGCCUGCCUCAGUUCUCUGCUGCGGCUGCCAUGGAGAACAGCCUGUGCUCCUUCCACGCCAACGACUCCCACUGGGCCACGGGGAUGCACGGAGUGUCCCAGCUCCAGCUCCCCCCGGCCCUUGGCCGCCAGCAGGCGAUGGCCCAGUCCCUUUCCCAGUGCAGCCUCGGGGCCGGCCCGCAGCACAACUCCAUGGGCCUGUCCAACGGCCUCUCCUCCAAUGGCCCAGGCCUGCAGUCCCACCUCUACCAGCCCCCGUUCCCCGGGAUGCCCGCCUCCCUCUCCGGUCCAACGAAUGUGUCAGGUUCGCCACAGCUGUGUAGCUCUCCGGACAGUGACAUGUGGAGAGGGACAAGCAUUGCCUCACUGCGACGCAAAGCGCUCGAGCACACAGUGUCCAUGAGUUUCACUUAA